AUGUCAAUCAAGGUUGUUGGCGAGCUCCUUCUGCGCGAGCGCGGCGCAUUUCUGGAUGUUCUACACAUCUACGAUGACAACAAGGCCUACUUGCCACCGGAAUAUCGAAAGGAGCAUCUUCGAGCCGUUGUCUAUGCCAAGCUGUUGGGAUGGGUGAGCCUUGAUCGCUUUGUGCUCAAUUGGAAAGAAAAGACCUCACAGGUGGGCCAGAUGAUCUGCGAUCACUUCGUCGACAACCCCGCCACGUUCCUCUGCAUGGGUUUCCGCGGCCGCAAGGGGAAGAAGGAUGUUCGAAUGAUGACCUCCAACAUUUACGAGGUUCUGCGGCUCGGGCGCAAGCUGACCUUAUUGGGCAUGUGCAGCGUAGUGGUCUACAAGGAGCCAAAUGUGCAGCAGCUACCAAUGGGCCGGCCAGCCAAGUUCCUGGUAUCCAUGAGCCUCAACAAGGCAGCAUCGAAGGCAUUUCUCGAUGCGCUGCGGCUUUCAAAGCCAGGAGACGAGAUUCAUUUGAUUUACGUGACAUUUUUCACCGAGGAUCAAGAGUCAGAGCAUGUUCAGAUCCUUCGCGACCGUUACAGCCACUUCUUCGAGGGCUUGGGCGACGGAGAUCACCAUGUGUUGCAGAAAUUCCAUGACCGCCACAUCGAGUUCCACAUCGUUCCGCAACACAAAGGUGAGCUGAUACCGCAGACUGUCGCAGGUUUUGCAGAGAGCAUUGAAGCCGACUUCGUGGUAGUCGGUACAAAUGCUCUUCGCGUGGACCGAGGGAAGGAGCCUCUAGGCUCCGCAUCAAUGCAAAUCUGCAUGGAAGCACAUUGCGCCUUCGUCUGCUUUUUGUGA